UAAAUUCUGUAUAGCAACACACAUAUCAUGAACCGGCGCGAAACCCCAAACCCGCUGCUAGACAAUUUGGAGGAGUCCCCAACAACCCCACCUUCACCAUCGCCGCCUGCAGCUCCUGCGGCAGCUGCAGCCGUAGCGACAGGCAUACAAUGGACUGCUGGCAAAGUGUUCUGGACACUAGGCGUGUUCAUCUUGGCCGGCCUCGCAGAGAUUGGCGGCGGGUGGCUAUGUUGGCAGACCAUCCGCAAUAAGAAGCCUUGGUACUACUAUGUGGGCGGCGCCAUACUGCUGGUGGCGUACGGCGUCAUCCCGACAUUGCAGCCUGAGGGCGCCUCCUUCGCGCGGGUGUACGCCGUGUAUGGCGGCGUGUUCAUCAUCAUGAGCUACGGCUGGGGCUGGGCCGUGGACGGUGACAAACCCGAUACAGGCGACUGGGCGGGAGCUGCCAUUGCGCUGGCGGGCGUGGGCUUGGCCUGGUUCUGGCCGAGGGCGUGAAAGCGGCGGAGAAAGGGGCUGUGGAAGUGCGGGCUCCGCCCGCCGCAGUAGAAAUGAGCGAGCAGCAGCCCUUGCAGCUGCAGCAGGAGCUGCCGCGGCUGCCGCCGCAACUGCCGGCUCCUCUGCAGGAGAAGCCGGCAGCGGCGGCCAGCGCUCCAGAUCCUGACCUGCACGGUGCUGCCGAGCCCCGCGCACGGCGGGCACCGCAGCGGCCGCCUUCAAACAAUCAGGAAUGCGGCGCAUGCGGCGUGGCCCGCCCCGGCGUGGCGCGUUUGCCUCGUGCGCCAAGCCGCCAACUGCCGCCAUCACCGACAGCAACGGCAGUAGCGGCAGCAACAGCAGCAGCGGCUGUAGCGGCAGUAGCUGCUGCAGGGCUCCCACGGGUGAAUGGGUGGCGUGGAUGCACGGGUGCGAGUGCGACCAACCAACCACGCCGUGCCGACCUCCUGGCUGCACUCUGCCGCGCCGGAGACCUGCACGCACGCAGCAACUGGGUCGCAGUGAGCAGGAGGCACGCAAGAGGUCGCGAUGCGCGAGGGCCAGCAUAAUCUUUGUGAAUGCGAACGACUUUGGACGCCGGAGCCGGUGACAUCCCGACUGCUGCCGUGGAUUCGCAAGCACGGCGUUGAGUCUCCGCCCGACUGCCCCUUGCACCGCCGUUGCCAUGGCGUAUGCAGUGCCCCGCGCGCUCUGGUGCCUCACCCCUGCGACCUCCCAAAGCGGGCACGUGGAGCGGAUGCGGCGGCGGGGUAUGGACGUAGCGAGCGGGCGCGGUAGCCGAUCACCCUGAGGUGGGUGGGGCGCCGUUGCAAGGCACUGCGCGGGGUCGCAGGAGAAGAGUCUACGGUAUUAGGUUCCCGGUGCCCAGGCAGGGUUAGGCGUGAUCUCGCUUCAAUGCUCCUUGGAGGGCGGGCCAUUAGUAGCUAGGAUAGUAAGGCGGCGCGACGGAGCCUACCGUGUGUGUGGUGUGUGCUGAGGCACUUGCCCCUUACUGCGGCUUAUUACAGUUGCAACUCAGGACUACGGGGCCUUUGUGCGGCACUGGAAGCACGUCGCCCCGCCCGCGCCAGCAGAGACUGCCCUGGGCAAGGGGAAGCAUGUCCACACUCAUAUUGGAGGUCGAGAGAUAGAGGUUAGAGCACCAGGAGCGAGCACUAGAGCUGCUAGCUUUGCCUGUGUACGAACGAGCGAGGUUUCGGGGGGAUGCGAAGGCGCGGCUGUGCGUGUGUCAUCAUCGCGCGGGGUGGCGUAGCAUGGAUGGCGUCGAGUGACGAACCGGGCACUCCGUGACA